AGAAGGGCAACACUUUUAGGUGAGCUCAGUACACAGCAUUAACACUUCAAACAUUAAGUCACCCAGAAAGUAGCUUUAUUAUCAACAUGAAGUCAGUGAAGUAAACACAGUAAUAGUUGACUUCCCUGUGUAGAAAUAAAAAAAAGCAGUUAUUCAACACAAACGUGCGGAUCAAAACUAUAAUGAUAUACUAAUUAGAUUAAACCCCCAUUGACCUUUAUUGGCUAUGAUUAUGCGCACUGACACUUUUUUUUGUUAUUCGUGACCACGUGACUGGCCUUCGGGUUUUUGGGGGCCGCCGUGCACGCGCUCCAUCUUCCCCUCGAGAGCUGUUGGGGCUGGAGAGCGCGCCUCGGGACUCAACAGCUGCACAGUGAAGACUCGCCAAGUAGAACAAAUAUGACUCAAACAAUUGAAUAAGGUGAGCUGUCCACCAGCGAACACGCCUCGUGCGAAAUGAAGAAGCAGCAGCUCGCACAAGCGGCACAGCUCAGUCAAUUCAGCUCGCUCGUAGUGUCAGUAUCAUUAUUAAUCCGGAAACUCUGCCUUGGUUCCUAAUAAUCUGGACAAGGUCUGCGACUUCAGUUGGAAAAUGCCGACUCACUCGUUGCUGCCAUUUGUGGAUAGCCCAGAUGGCCUUGCCCAAGACAUUCUUAUUAGCAACAAUGCAAACAUCCCAGGGCCUGACUCCAGCAUGACGCCACAUGCCACUUACUCAGAAAAGACUGUGUUGGAGUCUGAAGGAAGUGUAUCGCUAUCCUGUAUGUUCUGUGAUCAGAUUUUCACUCAUCAGGACGAGCUCGGUCCCCACGUGUUAACGCAGCACCCGACCACUUUCUUUGAACCCGCUGUACUUCGCGUUGAAGCAGAAUUCCGGAUCCCAGGAGAGAGACCCCGACCCAAACCCAACAGCCUCCCUGUUGAGAAAGAGGAGGUUCACAGUUGUAUCGUUUGCGGUUUGAUAUCGCAAGAUGCCAGUGAGUUGGAGACCCACAUGAGGAAGCAUAAAGACUACUUUACAUACUGUUGCAGUGUUUGUGGACGGCGAUUCAGAGAGCCCUGGUUUCUCAAGAACCACAUGAAGAUGCACGUGAAACCGGGACCAAAGAGCAAAGCUCAGCAAGACCUGGAGACCCCCGUAACAAUCAAUGACAUCGUCCAAGAACCUGCUCCAGAGGCUGUAGUCACACUUUACAAAAUGUGCAUGGUUUGUGGGUUUUUCUUCCCUGAUCAUGACAGUUUGGUCGAACACAGUAAAGUGCAUAAUCGCGAGGUGGAGCCUGGCAAAGAUAAAGAAAAGGAGAUGAUGGAUGGUGCUGCUGCUGAAUCCCUUGCCAAACAGGAAGCAUUUCUUCACAGUCUAAACCUAAUACCACACUCUGCAGGAAAUGCUUUGCAAAAUGUGAGGUCGUCAAAAUGGAUUCCCCAGCUAGAUCCCUAUAACACAUAUCAGGCCUGGCAACUUGCGACAAAGGGCAAGAUAGCUGUUGGUCCCAAUAAUACUAAAGAUACUGGUCAGGAAGUCAGCACAGACAAUGAAGACUGCAGUUCUGAUAAAGAGGAGUUGAAUGCUAUUUGGUCGGAGGGCCAUGGAGACAAAUCUAUGAAAGAGGCUCUUGGGAGAGAACUCCGGUCUCAGGCUGCUGGAGAAAGCCCGGCCCCACAGCGAAGGUCUCUAAUGCAAAAAGAUAAGGACAAAGAGAGGCCAACCACUUGUGAGGAAUGCCAGAGAACCUUCAGGACCUAUCACCAGUUAGUUCUCCACUCCAGGGUCCACAAGCGAGAGAGAGGUGGUGAAGAAAGUCCAACUUCUUCUGUUGAUGGGAAGCUGUCGAGGAUCAGUUCACUGGAACAUGCAGAGGAAGGCUCAGAGGAGGGCUUUGAGGAAACCUUGGGUUUAGGUGAAGAUGGUUUUGAUCGUAAAGUCAGAUCAAAAGAAUGCAGCUACUGUGGUAAAUCAUUCAGAUCAAGCUACUACCUCACCGUUCAUUUGAGGACUCACACAGGUGAGAAACCAUUUAAGUGUGCUUAUUGUGACUACGCUGCAGCCCAGAAAACCUCAUUAAAAUAUCACCUGGAUCGGCGUCACAAGGACAAACCUUACGUUGGGAUCCCAAGCAGACCUGUGCCUUCAGUGCCCUCUCCUCCUGACUCAAAACACGGCAAUGACGAUGAAAACUCUGCACCAAACAGAUCCAAACUCUGGGUUGCCGGAACCAGGUCUUCCACCAGUGCAACACCAAAAGGUGGUUUUGACAGUGUAGGUAGCCAGCUGGGGAAGACCACUUACUCCCAGACUGAUGAUGUGCUCAUGUGCCCUGUGCCCGUUAACCUGAAGAAGGAAAGAGAGGAGAUGAAGGAGGAAAGCUCAGAGGCUCCAUUAAAUCUGUCUUUGAAAGUGUCCCUCUCCAUCUCUGCCAAUACAGAACCCAGGAAUGAAUUAAUUCCAAUUCCCUGUUCAUUUUGUGCAUAUGAAACCAUGUACCCAGAGGUUCUGAUAAUGCACAAAAAGCUUAGUCAUAAAGACAAGUCAGACAACACCAAAAAGAACGGAUUCGGGGGCAACGUUAAACAGAAACGCUACACGGGCUGCCCGCCUGCGCUCGACGGGAAAGAUGUCACCCCACUUCUGAUGACAGACAGGCAGCACCCUCGUCGAACCAAGUCCCCACCCCCGCAACCCGCUAAACCACAAGACAAGGCCCCAGUUAAUCCACCUCCCGGUCCUAAGCCGUCCCCCGUCCUCGCACCUCAGCACGACGUUCAGGAGAUGAUACGUUACAGACACAACACCGACUCUCAUCCUAGUCAGGAAUUCUCCAGGUACACGGAGCUAAUGAGGAAAAAUAACACAGGCAGCAAGUAUGCCAUGGACAGAACUUCCCUUCCAGAGAGAGUGGGUAUCGGUGAGAGGAGCUACCCAGCAAGAAGUGGUGCCAUUUGGCACCCGGACGCUGCCAGGCUGUGCCUGUCGAGCCGAUUUGGAAGCCUCCCACAGAUGGAUUUUGGUGACCCUUCCAGCAAGAGAAUAAAGUACUCUGUUCCUACAAUCAGGGAAGCUGAGACUGGUGAGAAGUCUGGUUUUAGAGGAGCAGCAGGAGACGGACCUAACAGGUUGCUAAUCCCAGGGCUAAGCGUGAAAACCACAUCACAAGGAUCAGGUUCAUCCACAGCUUCUGAGGCUCUGGGUGCCGUAAAGAGCACAUCUAUGGGAGGAGGUUUGGACAGUGAGUGGAACAUGAUGAACCUCCUGCGCUCGUACAACCCCAGUGACCUGGCGUCUCUUUAUCACGGCACACCAGGAAACCCCAGUCACGGCGGACUGGCCAACCCAAGAGCAGAUGUUUUCUCAGGGGGCAGGUCUGUGAUGUACCAACACUUACCCAGUCUACCCAACCUGCAGAGGAGAGACCCCUCAGGCUCAUUCUCUAGUCAGCGCUAUGGGACCACUGACAAAAGUACCUAAAGUAAAAAAAGGACCAAGGUAAAAGAAAUAUUCUGAAACGCAUACAACAGGGUUUCUUCUUUGAUUCACAAACCUGGACCAGGCUUUUUGGAAAUAUAUUUACUUUACACUUGAUAUAAAGGAAUUAAAUUGUAUUUGAAAAUUGAAAAGCCUUUUCCCCUCUUUCUGGAUUUAAACUGUGCUGCUACCUUAUUUUGGAGAACUUCUUGAAAAACGAGUUCCUUGUAAAGGCUGAAGAGGAGUACCCAAGAUGUGUCUGUGCUCCCCUAAUUUCAUUUUUUUUCCUCAGUAGAGAAACAUUUGCAUAGACAUUUCAGGGCUCAAGAUUUCAUUGUACAUUUCUCUUCUUUUUUUUUUGUUUUCAAAUGGAAAUAGCAAAUGAUCUCUCUUCUAAAAAUGAUCCACUGGUGUUCACUGUGAUAUUUCUUUCUCCAUGAAUCUGUGGCUGUUUUUUGACCCACACUAAUAUUCAAUUAUCUAUGACAUAACAGUAAAAUGCGUGUGUCCGAUAACGUGAAUAUAUCAGCACAUAUACAUUGCGUAAAGCUAAAACCUAAGAAACAAAUGAGUGUGAAAAAUUGCUGCUCUGUUCAUUUAUUGCUGAUGUCCAGGCAGUAAUUACACACUACUUAUUUUUAUUUUCCUUUUCCAAAGCACUGGAGGGUGGGGAGUUUCUGUCUCGAGAACCUGACAGCUUCAGUUCAGUAGUUUACAAACAGGCCACUGUAACAAUUCCCAUUGUGUGUGUUGAAGCGUUCUACCUCAUGUUGUGCUCCAGACACUUCUCUUUGUAAAGCUGCUGAAGCUAUCAUGUCAGCUGAGCCUGCAUAAAUAUUUGUCUAUCGACCAGAGAGAUAUGUUUUGAGUUGUUGUCGUAUAAGAUGAUUGAGUGUGUCAAACAGAGCAUAACACACAAACUCAGAACAACUACUGAUUAACUGUAACACAAUUUGUGGAUAUGUUCGAUAAACAUUGCAUUUACAAGUUUUAAACACAACAGAUUUAGUUAUUAUUUGUCCAGUCGGCUGCUUUAGUGGUGCCCCAGAUCCAUCCGCUGUGCAUCGCACCACGUUACAAGCAGCUGUGUUAAUGUGUGAGAAAGCCACGCUGUGUUAUUUACUGCACAUUUAGGCACCGUUCAGGAGGUUCUUCUACUUCACAGCCUUGAAAGUGACGUUUAAUGUCCUGUGGUAGACGUCGGUGUUGACUGGUCACGACUUUGGAAUAAACAAAAAAAAAGAAAAAGGAAAAAAAAAGAAAACGGUUCAGUUAACUGUACACUGUGAAUAAUAAAAAAAAAAGCCUCAGGUAAUCUCAUAUUUUCAUGCCAUGUAUUCUGUGUGUAAGUUUUGCCACUUUGAAAGGCCUGAGUUAAGUUAUCAUUUUUUUUGGUAUUCACAUUACAUGUGUACUUAUGUAAAAAGUAAAAUAUUGUUUUCAGAGUUGUAUGACACAUUUCAGUAAUAAAGUGAGAGGUGAAGAGA